AGGAAGGCCGGGCCGGAAGAGGAGCCCGUGCAGCCGCCCGCCCGGUACGCCGAGGGGCCCGGGCCUCGGGCCCGCAGCGCGCCGGGAUACGCAGACCGCACGUGGGCCGGCGACACCGCUGUGGGGAUUUUAGGGAAACAAGCCAGCAAAAUGGGGAGAAGAAAUGGUGAGAACUGCGGCACCAACCUGCGUGUGUCAAAUAUCCCUCAUGAGAAUUUAUCUCACUGGAAUUUGGAUUCAGAAGUACCUGAUCCUGAAAAUAAAAACCUCCCACCUGGAAGGGAUAGUGCAGCAGGUGGCAAAAGUAACAAGAACCAUUUGGAAAUUCCAGUAGAGCAACUGAUGCUAGAGCUUAAUUUGUCAGAGAAUGCUCACAAAAGAACACAGACUAGGAUAUGUCAGUUAUGGAGUUAUCCUCUUAACAAAGGAAGUACCAUGGAUAACAGGGAUUUCAAAAAACCUUCUAUGGAAAUUGGCUUUAAUACAACCAACAAUCCCAUAAAGUUCUUCACUCUGAACCACUCACUAACAAGUGCUCCAGUUGAUAAGCAAGUUGGUUCUUACUCUGAACUGCCGACAUCAGUAAGUCUCUGCUGGCCCUAUGCCGACGGAGACUUUUUUAAAGACAGAAAUGAGGCUCAUGUUAAUUUAUGUUCAACUAUAGAAAACAACAAUGGUGAAACUUUAUCUGCUCCAAAUUGGAAUUUGAAAUAUGGAAAUAGCAGUGUAGAAGAAAAUUUAACAGAUGAAAGUGAUUUAUCAGAAAAUGAAAAGGCAAGUGAUACUUUACUCAGCUAUUUUAAAAAGAUGGACCUGAACUUAAAGCCAGAAACAAUAGAAAAUGUUGAAGAAUCUUUCACAGAAGAACCAAGUGAAGUAUUUCUAUAUCCUGAUUUUCUUCCUCCUCCUUUCAAUACUCUGGACUUGCACAAAUUAGCUGUCUCAAAAUCUGAAAAUUGGAAAGCAACAGUAGAAUCUCCAGAAAGUUGUAUUGAACAUUUGAUAACUCGUUUAUUGGAAUUGGAACGAUUACAACAUACGACUAUACAAAAAGAGAGGCCAAGAUUACCAACUACCUUCUGUACUCCAGCAGUUACUGAACGACCCUCUUCCUCCAAAACUAUACCAAAACCAAGACAGCCAAAACUUUCUGACUCUGUAAGUCUUCAGACAACUUGUGUAGAUAAAGCUAGAGAAAAAAGAAAAAAUAAUUCUGGUGCUUACAAGCUUGAACAAAAUGCUUCAAAAUGGAACUGGAGCACUGCUGGCAAAUAUAAGUGGAAUUCUAAACCACCAUCUCUAAAAGGUUCAUCCACAACAAAACAUUUGAUGGCAACUUAUGAUGCUUUCAAGAAUCCCAAAAGUUCCAUUUUAAAUCCAUGCCAAGAACUCUCAACCAAUCCUACUACUGCCCAAACAACUCAAUCACUGGUUAAAGUGGUCUCAGCAAGACCUUGUCUGCCACCAAGGUCUCUAAUACCAGUUUCACCCAUAAAUUUGUCUUUUCCUGAAAAUCACACAGAAGAAAUCAAGGCACCAAGGACCAAAAAGAAACUUUACCGAAAACACAUAGCAUUGAACAGAUCAUUCUAUAUUCAAAAGCGAUACUGUUUAUCACCUUCAUUUAUAGCUAAGGGUAAGUGCUCACCCAUUGAGCAAAAAUAACAUUUCCCCCUAUGCGCCUCAAUGUGAGCAAAUUUAUCAUAAGAAGCCUAGCUAAAAAUGGUUCAUCAUUUCGAGAUGCAGGUAUUAAACAUGCACAGGCACACAAAUUACUUGAUGUGCUCAUGGAGUGGAACUUAUGGAAACCACUGCUGAGAUCAGUCUAUGUAUCAACCCAAGGUAACAGACAA